AUGUCUAGCCAACCAACCGUCGUCCUGAUUCCAGGCUCUUUCUGCUUUGGACAUGCCUACGACGCAAUUGCCACGCCUCUCCGUUCCAAAGGCUACGACAUCCAAGUUCUCGAACCGCCUUGCUACCCCGCAGGCUACGAACGCAAAUCCGAUGGCGCACCACCGAACAUGUACGCCGAUGCCCGGUAUAUCAACGAGCAUGUGGAGAAACUAGCAGAUGAAGGCAAAGAAGUCGUCCUCGUGGCCCACAGUUACGGCGGCGUCCCAGCAACCGAGAGUCUUAAGGGAGUAACCAAGAAAGAACGCGAGCAGCAGGGUAAACCAGGUGGCGUAGUCCGCAUUGGCUAUCUUACCGCGCUGGCACCGCGGCUCGGUGAAACCGCUUUCCAGGUGCUUGGAGACCAGGGCGGUGCUGUUCCUUCUGCUGGCGAAGACGGCUGGAUGUACCACGAAGACCCGGCCCGCGUCGCGGCCCUUAUCUGCAGCGACCUCCCUCUCUCCGACGCCGUCGCCCAAGUCGACAAGAUGGGGCGCCACUUUGGAGCCUGUUUCAUUGACCCUCUGACACAUUCCGGCUACAAAGACGUGCCUGUGUCGUGGUUUUUUGCGGAAAAAGAUCUCGUGGUUGUGCCACAGGCGCAGCAGAUGGGGGUUGACGCUAUCGAGGCGAGUUGGGUGGGGACAGAGAGGGAGGGGAAGAAGGUCGAUGUUACGAGGGUGGAGUGUGAUCAUUAUCCGCUUGUGUUGGAGGAUAAGAGGGCGAAGGUUGAGGCGUGGGUUGAGGGACUUGUGGAGAAAGGUGGGAGGGAUUGAGGGGGUUUGAGAGGAAGGUGUUGGACUCUAAGUAUGUAGGCAUGUAGUAGUUAGUUUUAUGUACAUGUGCUGCACUUGAAAUGUUGAGACAGUUUCU